AUGGUAGUUAAUCACGAGUGGUCCUUAUUUCAAAUGGAUGUAAAAAAUGCUUUCCUCCAUGGUGAUCUUGAAGAAGAGGUGUACAUGAAGCUACCUCCUGGACACCCACGAGAAGGUGAACCUAACAAAUGGUGUCCUAGGCUUGCUAUGCUUAUAUAUGUGGAUGAUCUUAUAAUUACGGGGGACAAUGUGAAUGAAAUCAAUGCUCUUAAGUGCUCCCUACAUCAACAAUUUGCCAUUAAAGACUUGGGAGUCUUGAAAUACUUUCUUAGCAUUGAGAUGGCCACUUCUUCCAAGGGGUUAUUCUUAAAUCAAAGAAAGUAUGUAGUUGAUCUUCUUAAUGAAGCACACAUGCUUGAGUGUAAACCUGAUCGCACUCCUCUUGUUAGCAAACUUCAGUUGGAUGCCAAAGGUGAGCCUCUCUCCAAUCCUGGUGUUUAUCAACGCAUGGUUGGAAAACUUAUUUACCUCACGAUUACUCGACCUGACAUUGCUUAUUCAGUGAGCCUUGUCAGCUAG